AUGGCGAUGGAGGAUAAUAAAGGAAACAAGAGAACUCGAGUAGAGUUUGAGGAUUUUGAAACGGAGGGUAACUUGGAGUCGGUCCAUAAUUCAAAGCUCGCUCGAGUUGACUCGGAGAAUACGGGCUCGAACUCUUCUGAGGUUACUUACGUGGAGCCUGAUCCUGACGAUGAGGGAAUUCAGUCGCCGGAUGUGAAGCGUAUCCAGGAAGAUUUGCUUGAUAUCUUGGACGAUUCGGAUCCGGUUAUUGGACUUGAUCCGGAGAUUCAGGGUCUCGACUUGGUUAUCAAAAGCUUCGAAGAAGAGAUCUCGGUCCCCGCUCAGGAUCCGGUACAGGAAUUAGAUUCCGGCGAGUCCCGGCUGGAGCUAGGGUUUGGUUUAGAAGCUUCUGGAUACGAGUUGGAUUUACAGCCGGAUUUUGAGGAGAAACUUGCGACCCUUGAUGUGGAGGAAGGUGGAGGGACAGGAGCAGUUGGAUUAGCGGAUAUGAUGGGGUAUGAAUUUUCGAUUCCGAGUUACGAAUCGUUCGAGUUUGGAGUCGGCGGUGACUGGGUUAUCAAUAGCGAUAAUAAUAGCCAUAGUAAAAGCGGUGAUUGUGUGGCGUUUGGAGGUUUAUUUGAUACAUCGGCGGAUAUUUCGGAGUUGACGUGGCACCCUGAAUCGCUCUCUGCUUUGUAG